AAUAUAAUUUAUGCAUACACAUGUACACACACGAAUAUAUAUGAACAUCGAUUACGACGAUCGUCUACUUUUCGUAUUUUAUUCGUUAAUUGAACGAACGUCCUUCGCGGGAAAUUGUUUUCGAACGUAUGUAGGUUGUGCUGCGUAAUCAAAAAUGGCCGAGUCGUUAAAAAUACAUACAUGCAAUACUGAUCCAUUUUCCCUCUCUUCCUCUCUCUCUCUCUCUCUCUCUCUCUCUCCUUCCCUCCCUCUCUUCCUCUCUCUCUCUCUCUCUCUCUAUGUCUGCCUAUGUGUGUGUAUGUGUUUAUUUGUCUCUCCUUCUCCCUCUCUCUUUCUAUGACAGUAACACGAUUGUCUUCGCCAAGAACGUAUGAGUAAAAAAAUAAACGAAUUUAACGAUUUGAAUUCGAUAUAUAUAUAUGUGUGUGUGUGUGUGUGUGUGUGUUACGAAAAUUAUAAUCAAUUCUUUCUUAAUUAACUUCAGUCUCUAUUCUUAAUUUUUAAUCUGUAUUUCGUUUUUCAUUAUUACUAUCUCGGAACAAUCUGUAUAGGAUUCAACAGACAAUAAAAAAAAGUUUAACGAUAUCAAUCGGCAAACAGGAUGUUAGUACCGUUCCUGCUUUUAACCAGUCUAAUUGCAUCGACUCUAUCUUUUAACGGCGAGUUAACUGAACAAGAAUGUCCGGUCGACUGUCACUGUCACUACUUUCGUAUCAACUGGGUGACCGAUUGCUCGGAAAGCAACCUGACCAGCAUCUCAUACAACGAACUCAGUCCCAACGUUUAUGUACUUGACAUGAAUGGCAAUAAUAUAAAACACGUUGCACCGUUUCCACAUGGUAUUAAACUGAGGCGACUUCAAAUGGCACAUAAUCAACUUGACCAACUCAAUUACGAAUCUUUCGCCGGGCUGACGUAUCUCUUGGAUGCGGACUUUUCGUUCAACGCCAUCACUCACGUCGAUUCGGAAGCUUUUAGGGACAGCGCAGGCUUGAUCACGUUGGAACUUCAGAACAACCCGAUAGCAACGGUGGAGGGCCCUUUCCUAAAUUGUCGCUCGCUUCUCUAUUUGGAUUUGAAUUCAUGCGGCAUUCAUAAACUGAAUAACCAAUUUUUUCACAACACGACUAACCUGAACAAACUCGAUCUAUCUCACAAUCCUCUACAAAGGAUAGAACCCGGCCCGUUCGACCACUUGACCAAUCUCGAGUAUCUCAAGUUGAACGCCUGCAACUUGACUCACUUGUCGCCCGAUACUUUCGCUCAUUUGGAAAAUUUGCGAGAACUCGAGAUGCAGGAGAACGAUUUGCGAACGUUAAGUUGGACUAACGUAUUAGCUCCGCUCAUUCGUUUGGAAAAUCUCGACAUAAGGAAAACUUCGAUUACCAAUCUACCGGGCGAUGCUUUCGCUAAAAACUUGUACCUUCGACAAUUGGUAUUGGCCGACAACGAACUCUGGCAUUUGGACGUUGGCAAUACUCUUGGUCACAAUCUCCACAGCUUGCAAUCCUUGGACUUGUCCAACUGUAAUCUUCAGGAUCGCUUGUCCGAAGAGGCUUUCAAAAAUGCCAGUAAGCUUCGAGUAUUGAAUCUGAGCGGCAAUCCCAUGUUCGCAGCUGACCUCACUGUAAUCUUACGGCACUUACCUAAGCUUCACAAACUUUCUCUCAGCCAUUGCAACUUACGUAAAUUGCCGACCGCUUUCGAGGUUUUCGAAAAUCUCGAAGAACUCGAUAUCUCUAACAAUCCACUUUCGGAUGCGUUCGUGAGCUUGUUGAAUCCAUUAAGCUCCUUGGAAUAUUUAGACAUGUCUUAUUGCAACCUCGGUCACGUUGCAAACAACACCUUCGCUCAAAUGACAUCUCUUAAGAAGCUGAUAUUAUCAGGAAACAAGCUUCACACGUUGGAGGAAGGUUUGUUCGCCAACUUGACGAGAUUGGAAAGUUUAGAGAUGAGUAAUUGCGAUCUUCGCAACCCGAUCGAUCUAAAAGUUUUCGGUGAUCGCAACGUCACAAACGUGAUCGAGUUGAAGCUCAGUGGUAAUCCACUUAGCAUUUCCAACCAGGGAGCACUCUUGCCUGCGCAACUAUCCAAUCUCGAAAUUCUUGACAUAAGCGAUUGCGGUGUUUCUCAUUUACACCAGAACGUAUUCUCCAAAACUAAAAAUAUCACUCGGUUGAAUCUCUCGGGCAAUGAAAUAUCCGGAACGGGAGAUUUGACUUGCUUGAAGAAACUAAAAUCUUUAGAACAUUUAGAUCUCAGCAAUAAUAAUCUACGAACCGUCAAUCCUAAAGUCUUCAAAUCAAAUCCGCAUCUUUUGUCGGUUAAUCUAUUAGGGAAUCCAUUCGUUUGCAAUUGCUCGAUCGCGGAAAUGUGGGACUGGGCUGAAAAAGUAAAGAGCGAUCUUCACGUACUAGUUGGUAGUCAGCCUGCCAAUUUCGGAACAGGUGCCGAAAAACUUCGAAGGAGUUUAACUUGCACUUACGACGAAAAUACCUAUCGUACCAUCACGGAUCAGAAUAAAUCGAAGGGUCGUAAGGGUGAUAUCACGCCAAGCCGUACGUGGGCGAAAUACAUUCGCGAGUCGAAUUGUGCUCGUCGUUUAUGAUAUACGAUGAAAACUCGGCAACAUCCUAUAUUGAGCUUGUUCUAUCAACGAAAACGUAAAAUCAGGCUAGAGCUAUAAACGUUGUAAUAAUUUUGGAUGUGCCGAUUGCAUAAAACUCAUAUAACUGUUUAUUUUUAUUUUUUAUUUUAUUUUUUUUUCUUUCUUUCUUUUUUUUUGUUUCUUUUUUUCUUUUUCUUUUUUUUUUUUUGUUGGUUGGUUUGUUUGUUUGUUUGUUUGUUCCUUCUUUUUUCUUUCUCGAAGAGAAUUGAACUGCGACGAGCAAACAACGAGGAGACGGAUAAUCUUUCUCGUACUAUCGAUCAAAACUUAUGUUGAAUAUUUUCUCAAAGAUGAAUUAUAUUUUUCUUUCGGAUAACGAUUUGAAUUCUGUAUACUCUAUGGAAGAUUAUAUUAUCUUACACUUACAUCGAACGAUAAGUUUCUAAUUCAUUGUAUAUUUAUACGUACGUAUAUAUAUAUAUACAUACAUACACACACAUAACGUAUGUACGUACGUAUCAUGUAUGUAUGUAUGCAUAAGUGUGUCUUAUCUUAUCACAAAGACUUCGAAACAUCAGACGUGUAAUUUACAGUAAGAGCAUAAAUCGAAGUUUACGUUUUUUUUUUUCCUUUUACGAAGAAACGAUACAAUCUCUUGUUUUUUUCUUUUGCAAACGUACUUCUUGAAUCUUUGUUCAAUCGACGAUAUUGUGUAAUAAUCUCGCAGAAACGAGCCUUUGUUCUCGAGAAAAAUCGAUCAUAAUCGUUAACUGCCAAGCGAGAAUGUGCGAGUAAACAAAAUGAAUAAACGAAAUCAAAGGAAUUAAUGGCUAUAUAAUAGGUAUGUGAAGUCGAUCGUAGGGGAAAUAAGAACAUUAGAUAUUAUUUAUAAGUCUAUUAAAAAAAGAUAUAUACUCUAUUAUUUAAUAAUUAUAGUUGAAAAAUUUGUCAUUGAAUGAAUUUAUUUCUGAUAGAUUUUUUUGAAUUUUAAAUUGUACAAAUAUUGUGUGUGAGAGGGAGAGGGAGAAUGAAAGAGAGAUAGAGAGAGACAGAGAGAGAGAGAGAGAGAGAGAGAGAGAGAGAGAGAGAGAGAGAGAGAGAGAGAGAGAGAGGCCAUAAGAAACAAAACUUUUGUAAAUUUUACAUAUAUAUAUAUUUUCUUGUUCGAUCAAUCGAUUUGUUUGUUUUUAUGUGUAUAUAUAUAUAUUAUACAAUAUUAUAUUAUAUUAUAUUAUAUUAUAUUAUAUUAUAUUAUAUUAUAUUAUAUUAUAUUAUAUUAUAUUAUAUUAUAUUAUAUAUAUAUACAUACAGAUGUAAUUUCCUACAUAGUUGUUUUUCUAGGAAAAGAAAAAAAAGAAAAAAAAAUAUUAAAAAAAAAAAAAUUAAGAUAUUAUUUAAUCGAAAUAAUAACUCGCUGGCGCGUCUCUUAUUCGAAGAAAAAAGAAAAGAAAAGGGGUCGUUCCCCGUUUUAUUUAUAAGUGCAUAUAUAUUUAUUUUCGAGUACCAUUAGGAAUAUUUUAUGUUUAGUGGGGUAUUUCGCAAACACUUCGGGAUAUAAACUAAAAUUAUGUAAAAAUAAAAAAUGAAAAGAAAAGAAAGGAAAAGGAAGAAGAAAGAGAAAAGAAAAAAAAAAGUAUACUAUAUAUAUAAAUAUAUAAGAAAACACUUUUCUUGCGUUUUCAUACAUGUCAAUAUAAAAUGGCGACAUCCACGAGAGAAAGCGCAUCAGCAACAAUCGCCCGUAAAAUAUAAAGAAAACAAAUAAAAUAAAAAUUAUGUACAUACGUUUUUCGUUGCGUUUGCGAGUAAACAGGCGGAUAAAAAAAAAGAUAUAAAAGAAAAAAAAAAUAAAUAAAUGAAUAGGAAAAAAUAUUGUAAAAGACUGUGUUGUUUAAUAAAUGUAUCGUUUUUUCUUGCUACAAGGAAAA